GGAUAUGAAGAAAGCAUGGCGGAGCUGAAUACGAGUGUGUGCAUCUCAGGAUUUGUACUUGGCUCAUUGAUGUUUCAGCAUUUUAACAGCGACUCUGAUGCGGAAGGGUUCAUUCUUGGGGAAUGCAAAGCAGAAGAAAGAAGCAAUAUCACAGACUCCCAGAUAGAUAAUAUUCAGUUUGAGCACAUAAUAAACAUUCAAAAACACAUUUCCUGUCACAGACUUGGUAGCUUUUAUAGUAAUGCUGGAGAGGUGAAACAUGAUGAAAUGAGACGCAUUCUGUCCUCUUAUAAAGAGGAGAAUGUGAUUGGAUGGUACAGGCAGCGAAGGAACACAGAACAGCGAAUGACCUUCAGAGAGCAGGUGGUUCAUCGGAACUUGAAGAAAGCAUUAUCUAAUCAUGAGCUUGUCUUCCUGCUUCUGACGCCAACUGUGGCCACAUCCUCAGGCUCCACCCACCGCCUGGAGUACUCCAUCUACAGGUCACAUGGCAGCAGUCAGUACCAUAAUAUCCCUAUCCUGGUGAAUAACCUGGGGAUGCUGGAACAGCAAGACUACUGGAGGUCCUCUGCACCUUGCUCCUCCUUGAGCUACAGCCGAGCAGUGAAGAAACACAGGUCAAGGUUCUUCUCUUCAGAUGGGUCUCUGAUGGAGGUCAACGAGGUUAAUGAUAUGAACAACACCUUGCAGGCCGAACUGAAGGCUGCCUGUGUAGAAGUGGAGGAGAGUGAGCGAUCAGUUGAGAAGCUGCUUGCUGAAGUCUUGGCUCUCAGGAAAGCUGUUGCUGAGAAGAAGGGGCAGCAAGAACAGCAUGAAAAAGAUCAGCAUUCCAUCUCAGAUCAGCCUCAGGAGAACAUGAUGUUGUGUGAGGCAAUGAAGGUGCUGUUCCCAGAGUCCCCUCUGCUGCAGACCCGGGCGCUCACCUUCCAGGGUGUCCCAGUGCCAGAGUUGUGCUGCAACACUGACCACAAGAUUGACAUAUCAUCUUCGCUGCCACUUAUCCUCACCCACUGGAACUCCCAAGCAAGGAAGUGGGGGAUGGGCAGACAGGUGAGGACCUGGGGGAAGCGCCGUUUCACAGACGCCUUCCAGACGACAAAGAAGAAGAAAAGGAGCACUUCGGACACAGACAUUGAAGGUUCACUGACAGUCAGUGAAUCAAAGAGUGAGGAGGAGCUGUUUGUCUCUGAAAAUGGAAAUCUGGAAAUGUCCAACUCUCCAGUCUUCUGAAGACCCCAAGAAUUUUCCGUAUU